GAAAAAGAAAGAAAUUCUAGAAUAAUUUAUAAUAUUUUUAUUUAUAAUAAUAAUAAUAAUAAUAAUAAUAAUAAUAAUAAUAAUAAUAACAAUUUUGAAGUCGAUAUGCAUAAUUUUUAUAUUCAUUCAAAUCUUUCAAAGUUACGAUAUCACUAUUUCGCGAGUAUGCGUGCUGAUUGGUCGACAGUUUGAAUUGUAGUGUUCGUUAAACUUUACAUAUGUAACAUCAAAGUAACAUAAAAAAGUGUUUCGUGAAAGUUCAUUGGUGAAGCGAAAAAUAAACUACGUUUUGCAUAACAAUAAACGUCUGCACGAGUACACGAUAACGGCUCGUUUAUCUGUCUCACCUUUUUCUAUAAUAAGUUGAAUUUUUUUUUUUUUCGAUAAGUCGUUAUCAACGUGCGAACAUCAAUUAUAUUUAUCGCUUCUUAUCGAUUAAAUGAUCAGUAAUAACGAAUUUGAUCAAGAGUAUAAAACUUAAUGACAUUAACCGGCUUCUUUUGUGUGUAUGUGUGCUCUACAUUUGCUAGUUCAAGGUCUUUCGAUACCUUGAAUCGAUUGAAUUGUAUGUGAAAGAGAGAGAGAGAGAGAGAGAGAUAGAGAAGAGAGAUAUAUAACCAUUGCAAGAUAACGCGAACGCAGACGCGUCAAGUAUUCAGCAUUGAGAGAGAGAAAAAAAAGAGAGAUAAAAAGUCUCGACUGUAGUCUCGAUGAGGAAACAAAAAAAAGGAAGACCGUGAUGACUUCGUCCUCUUUGUCGACCACAAAUAGAUAUCCUAUUUUCAGCAUCUCUCUUUUGGUUUUUGCUCAGUUUCGUUUAUUAUUCGGUCAUCCCUUACAACAACCAACAACCAACAAAUAACAACAAUAACAUCAUCAAAAGGGGAUAUAUAGAAUAUGUCUAUAAAUUCAUCGAAACGUACGGGGAAAGAUAACCUCACGAAACCGGCAAUACAGUCUCAACUUGCCAGAUUAAAAAGAGAGGAAGAAGAAGAAUUAUGGAUAUCGGGAGAAGAACUUUGUACGGAAGGGAGUAGCGAUGAGGAAGAUAACAAAACAUCUUCUAAAUCAUUCUGUAGAACAAAUAAAAAUUAUGAUCCGCGUAAUUCAUUGGCCAGCGGUAGACAUCAUUGGAUUGUAUCGGAUAAUACAAAAGAAAUUUCCGAACGAUCGAACACCAAUUCCGAAGGAAAUACGAUAUCCUCGAUAGAGAUAAUAAAUUCAUUGAAAAUGGAUACAUCAAAUACACGAUCGAAUUCUUCGAUUGAUUUGGAAAUUAAUGACGUUUCAAUGGCAGACGAUACGUGUUCGGAUGUGAUACAAGAUGAGGAGGGACAAGGCCUUAAAGACUCUGAAAUAUCGUGGAAGGUUAACAGAGGUACCAUCAGGUUACUUAAUACAGGUGCAAACGCUGCUACCAUGGAACCCGAUAAUAAACCGUAACAAAUGGAUUUUUCAUCGGACAUAGUAUUUCUUAGAAUUUAAUCUUGUCAACAAUCUUUUAUGUAUUUUUCGUCAUCUUUUUUCCAUUUUAAUUACGACGAUAAUCUUCGUGUCGUCAUAGUUUUUAUGAAUGUAAUUCAAAUCUUUCCACCACGAUAAUAUCGUGACGUAGUCGUAGAGUCAUUUUCCUGAAUUUUGAUUGGACAGUUUAAUUUAGUACGGCUCAAUCAAAAUUUUUUUAAGGUCUUACGUCAUGAUUUUUAUUAUAUUUGGCUUCGUAUCGUUUCGUUUCUUAGUUUUUCUUUGUAAAUACAAAUAUUAGUUUUGAAUUUAUUACUGGUUCGAUAAUAGAUAGAUCGACGAAAGAAACUUGGCAAGAAGAUAUAACUGAAUUGAAAGAAUUAACGCCAUUAGGUUAUCGGCGAGAAUUUGAAUUUUUCACGUGUUUACAAGAAGGUCUUCAAAUUGAAGGUAAUAAAAAUUAUAUAGCAUUUAUUAAGAAUGUCUUUUGAAAUUUGGACGAUUCAUUGUAAGAUAAUCAUGAAAAUAACGGUAAAACAUAUCUGAAAAAUGAUCUUAAUAAAUGUGAUUUGAAAAACAUAAAUACGAUGAACGAGGAAUUAGAAAAACAAAUAUCGAAGGUAGAGAGUUUGGAUAUUGCUAUCAAAAAAUUUGAUAAUAAUGUAGAGGUAAAUAUAUUCUGCAAGUUCGAAUAUAUAUAUAUAUAUAUAUAUAUAUAUACAUAUAUACAUACAUAUAUAUAUAUAUACAUAUUAAAUGACGAUCGUGUCUAACUUAUUUACUUUAAUAAGUAAAUCAGAGAGAAAACAAAGUAUAUUUAAGAUGAUUCUUAACACAGAAAGAGAUGAAAGAAACUUUGUUAUGUCAAUAUAAAAAUCGUGAAAAAUUGAAAGAGAUAUUAGAGAAUGUACCACAUGAAACUGGAAAAUUAGCUGAAAAUACACAACAAUUUUUUAGUUUGUACAAUGAAUAUGCUGGCAUAUCCGGUAAUAAAUGAAUGAACAUUUACAUAUAAUAA